CCAUUAUUGUAUUUUUGUUCACUUUGUUAAGUUUGCAAGGAGUUUACAACAAAUUGUUUGCAUAAAACAUAAAUUGCAUUAACGCACUUUAUUCGAUAAUAUUUGAGUGAAAUAGACUUCUAUGUACCAAAACAAUCAAGUUUUAAUUUAAGCACGGUUUUAUAGUAUUAACAAAACGCUUCACUCUGUGGACAAAAUCAGAAAAUUUUCCUUAUUGUGUCGGCGAAAAUAUAAACGCCGGCAAAGUGGAUGCACGUAGUGCCCUGGGUGUACCCCAGGAUUAUGCUGGAAUGGUUGGCGGCGGCGUUGCAACUGGGCAACAUAGUAUGUACAACACAGUUGGACCAGCAGAAGCACUCAUUGUUCGUGAUAUGGUUCAAAUGCCCCCGCCGCCAUCAAAUGCACCAACCUCUGCUGAUGCCUGCCUUAGCAUUGUACAUUCUCUUAUGUGUCAUCGUCAAGGUGGUGAAAGUGAAGGAUUUGCAAAGCGAGCUAUUGAGUCUUUAGUAAAAAAACUCAAAGAAAAGCGUGACGAAUUGGAUUCUUUGAUUACAGCCAUCACGACAAAUGGUGCACAUCCUAGCAAAUGUGUAACUAUUCAGCGAACCUUAGACGGUCGUUUACAGGUUGCUGGACGUAAAGGUUUUCCUCAUGUCAUUUAUGCACGAAUUUGGCGUUGGCCGGAUUUGCAUAAGAACGAACUAAAACAUGUCAAAUAUUGUGCGUUUGCUUUUGAUCUCAAAUGUGACUCGGUUUGUGUUAACCCCUAUCACUAUGAACGUGUUGUAUCACCGGGUAUCGAUUUAUCGGGACUAAGUUUGCAGUCAGGCCCGAGUCGAAUCAUAAAAGACGAAUAUUCUGCUGGUCCGUUAGUUGGGAGUAUGGAUAUUGACGGUAAUGAUAUCGGCACUAUUCAACAUCAUCCAUCACAACUAGUGGGUCCAGGAUAUGUAUAUCCACAGGGUCCAGUUUCUGAUCCAAGUCAUAUAAGUGCAAUGUUCUCCGCGGGUCGUACAUUACCAAAAAUUGAACCGACUGAAGGUGUCCCGCGGAGCACAUGGAUGGCACCACCGCCACCACGGUUGAGCCAACCGCCUCAACAGCAUACAACACAAACGACACAACAUCCGCUUUCUGUCCCACACGGUAUAUCCAUGGCUGGUACCAUGAAUUCAGGUACUGUAAUGGCUCCACCAAAUCAAACACAAAAUUCACAAUCUAAUGGACCUGUUGGGCCAAGUAUGAGUUCUGCAACUCAUCAUAGUCAAACGAAUCCCUCUACGGAUACCACAUCGCUUUCAAUGCAACAGUCAGCGAAUGCAGCUAAUAUACCUCCAGGUACAAGUGGAAAUGCUGCUCAGACAAAUGCUUACUACGGUCCAAGUACAUCACAAAUGGCCAGUAUUGCCGAAGCUAAAUACAAUGCAGCUUUAAAUAGCGGUCCUAGUGGGUCCCAACAAUCAGUUGCAUCACAUAUGCAAAACGGUUAUGUAACAAAUCAGGGCCCAUCAGGACCACAUAAUUACAGUCAAGUAACAGCAGUUCAGCAUGUUUCUCAGACCGGCAGCAAUAUGAGCGUAGUACCUAAUCCGGUAAAUGCGCCGCCAGCUGGCACUUGGACUGGCUCCAGUACAUUAGCAUAUACUCAAUCAAUGCAACCGCCAGAUUUGCGUGCACAUCAAGCAGGUUAUUGGAAUGCGCCUAUGCCUGGUGAAAUUACAACUCAACAGACGCAAACGCGUUUACUCUCUCGCCAACCUGCUCCUGAAUAUUGGUGUUCAAUUGCCUACUUUGAGCUAGACACUCAAGUAGGUGAGACCUUCAAAGUACCCUCAGCUAAACCAAAUGUUAUUAUUGAUGGCUAUGUGGAUCCAUCCGGUGGUAACCGUUUCUGUUUAGGUGCAUUAAGCAAUGUACAUCGCACAGAACAAUCCGAAAGAGCAAGACUUCAUAUUGGGAAAGGAGUACAAUUAGAUCUACGUGGGGAGGGUGAUGUUUGGCUUCGUUGCCUAAGCGAUAAUUCUGUAUUUGUACAAAGUUACUAUUUAGAUCGUGAAGCUGGUCGUACACCAGGAGAUGCUGUACACAAAAUUUAUCCAGCCGCUUGUAUUAAAGUUUUUGAUUUACGUCAGUGCCAUCAACAAAUGCAUUCAUUAGCAACAAAUGCGCAAGCAGCCGCUGCAGCACAAGCAGCUGCUGUUGCAGGACUACCUAGCUCACAAUUAGGUGGACCAUCAAGAAAUAUAACUGCAGCCGCCGGUAUUGGUGUAGACGAUUUACGACGUUUGUGUAUUCUGCGUUUAAGUUUUGUUAAAGGUUGGGGACCUGAUUAUCCGCGACAAUCUAUCAAGGAGACACCAUGCUGGAUCGAAGUACACUUACAUCGUGCUUUGCAACUAUUAGACGAGGUAUUGCAUCAUGCUAUGCCACUUGAUGGACCCCGUGUUUAAUUUCUUACAUAAAAUUAUGAAAUCACUAACGUUCAUUUAAUUUUAAGAAAAAUUAGACUUAUGUUUCUUAUCGUUAUUUUUAUUGUGUUUGCCUUUAAUUAUCAAAUAAUAUUUUAAAGAAAAAGCUUUUCAGGAACAAAUGUGAGUUAAGUCUA